UUCGUCUAACAUUUUCCAUCUCUGUCCCGAAAGAAUCAAGAAAAUCUCCUUCAAGUCCCUUCGAAUUUCUCUCUACUUUCCAUCAUUUUCCCUAGAAAAUCUUCCCCGGAUCUCUUCGUCCCCAUCGCAACACCAUAAUCAAAUCUAGUCAUCCGAAUUCCUUGCUUCAAAGGUCAGUUCUUCCAAUUUUUUCUUGAUUUCUGUAUGCAUACCCAUGCAAGUACAGAACAUAUAGUUGCUUAUUACCUGUUAAUACUAUCUUAUGGAGGUCAAGAUUCUGAAUUUAUGUGUUAUAUAAAGAAUUGGAAUUUUGGGUUUUGUUGAAAUGAAGCUGUUUAUGUGAAAUUUGGGCAUUUAAGCAAGUAGAAAAGUUGCUGAUUUAGUGGUUGGACAUUUGGGGGUUGAUGAUGCCGCAGCCAAGAAGAAAGAAAUGGACUGAGGUUGAGGAGAAAACCCUGAUUGACAAGUAUGGUGAGAUGAUCUGUGAUGGGACUUUAGCUAAAAUGAAAACUAGGGAGAAGAAGUAUAAGCCCAUUGCCUUACAUGUGAACUCUGUGCACAAUUUGAGUGAUCCCAUUGCAUUUCCAUGGCAGUGGACUUGGAAGGAUGUGUCGACUAAAGUGCAAAAUAUGAGACACCAAUAUGCGCUCGUAAAGCAGAAGAUUAAGAAAGAAGGGGAUGGUGGUGUGGAGGAGUUUGAUUGGAUAGAGGGGCUCACGCAUUGGUCGAAUUUCCUUAGGUACAAGGAGGUGUUUGGGGAUGUGGUGCUUGUGUAUAACGGUGGUGGUGAAUCGAUGGCGGUUGUGGGGGAUAGGAACGAGAAUAGCGGGGGGUUUGAUGGGAGUGGUCACGGGAUAGAGCUCGUGCAAUUCGGGCAUUUGAGUCAUUCCGGGGAUGGUGAUUUUGGAGGAGGGGGUAUUGAUGCGGUCGAGAAUGGGGCUAUAGGAUUGGGGUUCGAUUACGAUGGAGAAGAAGGCGAGGAGAACUAUAAUGGUAGUAAUAAUAAGAGUAACAACCCUAUGAAAGAGGAUGGGGAUGAUGGUUUUGUUUAUGAAGAUAUCGAGCCAACCGGGUUCGAUACCAGGAAGAAAAGAAAGGUAUUGAAGGGGCUAGAGAAGAAGGCAUGGGGUUUUCUUGCCAGCCAGUUAGCUCAGUUAAGGGACAUGGAGACUCGAUUUGAGCAGCGUGAGGUUGAGAGAGAGCGGGAGAGGCAGAGAAGAGAGCAUCUCCGUAUGGAAAUGGAACAAGAACGCGAACGGAAAUGGGAAGAAAAGGAACGAGAGAGGCAGGAGAGGGAGAGAGCGAUCGAGAAGUUGCGGAGACAGAGGCUUCAAGAAUGGGAAGCAAUGGAGAAAGAGAGCGAGGAAAGAGAAAGACGAAGAAGAGAGGAAGAGUUGAUAUUCGAGAGAGAACGGGAGGAAAGAACGAAUAGGAGGAGAUUGGACUCGAAGAAGAGGAUCGAUGAAAUGAUAAAUCACCACAGAGCGGAAAUGACCCAGAUUCAGACAAGGAUACUUCACGAACAGCAGAACCUUACUAGUCAGCUGCUCGGUAUUCUUUCCCAAUGGACCGGGCAUCCAACCACGCUUUCUGAUCAUACUGGAGCUAGCAGUCACUAUCUUUCGCAAAUGAUGCAGAAUUUGCACCACGAAAACACUAUGGUGCACGGCGAUGCUAGGGUCGAGGGAGACAAUCAAGAAGAUCACUUCAUAGUCGAUGGAUGAAUAGCAAAGCCGCAAAGCAAUUUCAGUUCUGAUAUGGGUGGCUCGGAUAAGUUUCUUUUUAUCCCAAUUGAAGCAUGCGCCACAUCUCAACUAAAAGUCUAAGGUGAUAGUUGGACUGCACAUUUAUGUUUAUAUAUAUUAUAUAUGCUCAACACAUCCUCUCAUGUGUGCAAGCUGACCUCUUGGCAUGGGGUUGACUCUGAUACUAAAUUGAAUACUGAAUUGAAUGAUGUGUUCUAUCUCAAUUAAAAGCCUCAAUUUAUUCUGGGACUGAAAUAUA